AAACUUGUAUCUAUAAUCUUACUGCAUGGAUGUUUGAAACCACGAAAAUUAAACUGUCUUCAACGGACCUGUUAAAAAAUUGCUCGGGCGUUUUGUUCAGUGAUAAAUGACGACCGUGCAGUGAAAACCCAAAAAGCAAUAGGGGCGCUACUUAAGUACUUGUUUGGUUUCGACGCUCGGAACUGAUAUGAAUGAACGUGAAUUCGGCCAGCAGAAUGUGAAUCAAAUGGACUUGAAUGAAGCGAGGGAUAAAUGGUCAAUAGGGGAGAAUUGUCGACUCCCUUUGCCGACAGGAGAAGAGCACGUUCGAGAAACAACAUGCGCGACGUCACCCACAUCGACUUCAGAAUUUGAGAUGGAUGACAGAAACACUUUUCCUGGAGAAGAAGCGAGCACCAACAAAACCUGUGAGUCAUCGUUUGGUCUGGGUCCUUUCCGUUGCAGCUCCUCUCUGGUGACAAUUAACCUGUUCGCAGUAGUGUUAUGUGUCACCGUCUUCUUCGAGAGCUUCUGCACGAAUGGAGUGAAUCCGACCAACUACCAGAGUCUGGAGACUAGAUUCAGCUUCUCAAGUACCACUUCUGGCAUCAUCAGCAUCAUGUACGAUGUGGCCUACUGCCUCAUAGCUGUACCAUUUAGCUACCUGGGCACGAAGUAUUUGACCAAACCCAAAUGGAUGGCCAUCGGGUUUACUACAGUCUCAGUGGCAUGUGUGACCAUGGCAAUGCCCCAGUUCAUAUCGGGAGUCUACCACGUGAACUCCGAGGGAGACCUGAACACUUGCGACGGCAACAGAACGCAGUUGUAUUGUGAUGUCAUUUCGCAAACACAGGAUGAGUCUGCAGUAUACCCUGUGGUGUUAUCGGUGGGUAACUUCCUGUUUGGGUGUGGCACUGUAGCUCAGAAUACACUAGCAGUGCACUACUUCGAGGAGAACUCGGCAGGCAACAGUGGCUUCUACUACGGCAUUAUGCAGGCAACCAGGUCUUUGGGGUCAAUCAUGGGGGCUGGUCUGAAUGCGGUCUUCCUGACUGUUCCGGUGGAUCUAGAGGAGUUGCCUGUAGACAACUCACACGUGUUGUGGGUGGGGGCAUGGUGGGUAGGCCUCUGUAUUGGGGCAGUAGGGGUCAUUCUAUGCGUGCCGCUAGUGCUCUCUUUUCCACUCAAGUUCAACAAUCAGUAUACACGCAAUACAGUAUCAAGAACUGAAAAUCAGUCGCAGUCUAUUCCGUUUUCUUCCUCGGCUAAAGCGAAAGAAGACAUUCAGGUAAGUGUGGGCAAUUUGAAGUCGCAGCUGUCAGCGGUGGUGUGCAAUUUGCCCUGGAUUCUGUUCACCCUAGCUGCGGUGCCGGAGGCCUUCAUAUACUCUGGCCUGGUGACAUUCGGAGCCAAGUUCUUCCAACAGAGUCUAGCGAUGACUUCAAGUGGAGCUGCAAUAACAUUCGCAUCUGUCAUCGUUUUAGGUACAUUAGGAAGCAUCGUGGGAGCAUUGAUAUCUCGCAAGAUGAACUCGCUUCGCGGCAUCAUCAAAACCCUGAUGACUGUUACGCUUCUCGAAAUGAUUCUAUCCUCUUCUAUUCUCUUACACUGUCCGGAACAAUCUGUUUCUAAUGUUCCUGGUGCUACUACCGAAGAGUCGAUUUCGAGUAUGUUAGAAAGUGGAAAAGUGUGUUUUGACAAAUGCCAGUGUUCUGUUAGUCUUUUCCAGCCAGUAUGUCACGAGGCGUCUGAAACUACGCUGUUUAAUGCGUGUUACGCCGGAUGCGAAGGUGAUAAGACUGAUUGCUCAUGUGUGGGUGCUGUUAGCCACGGGCAUGAGUCAUCACUUAACCGAAGCUAUCUAGGAGAAAAUGUGGAGGAAGGUUUUUGUGCAAUAGACUGUCCUGAGAAAUAUUUCGCCGCAAUUGGUCUUGGUUUCUUCUGUUUUGCGAUGCUCAUUAAAGUACCGAUCGGGCUAAGUGGAAACCUGAAACUUAUCUCAUCGCCCCAUCUCGCUUCUCUUUCCCUCGCAGUUUCAAACAUAGCCUUCCGAGUGCUCGGAAUGUCCACAGGACCCCUGGUAUUCGGGGCCAUCAUGGACGCCAACUGUGACCUAUGGGAGGUGACUUGCGACGAAGGUCAAGGGUCAUGUCUUUUAUACAGUCUGGACAAACUAUCAUUCACUACAUUUCUACUGGUGCUGUCGUGUGCUUCAAUGGGCCUCCUAUUCUAUGUUCUAUCUAUGCUGGCUUACGGAAGAAAAAGUCUGGACUUCUAUCCAAACCAGGAAAAAAAACUGGAGGAGGCUAAAAGUGAACUAGCUGAGCCUAAAUGUAUUUCUUAUAUCAAUACUCGCAAUCAAGACAUGUAAAUAUUAUAGUGUAGUCUUCCAUCGCUUAUUGUUUAGUUUUACUCGAAACUAAGACUAAUUAUAUAUGUAUAUUGUUCA